AUGCCUGAGAUUGAAGCCAAAUUUCUGGACCCUCAAAAGAUCUACAAGUCUCGCAUGCGCUUGAUGAAGGAUCUAGGAGAGGCCAUUAUAAGAUGUGAGGGUGUGGAAACUUAUCUCGCCAGCAGGUUGUUCUUGACUUUGGCAGUGGAAGAGCUCCAUCCCCAUCCAAAGGAGUCGGAUCAAAUCGCUCUUCAAUCUAUCAUAACACCAUUCCUCAGAAACUAUAUUGCUUCUCUCUUGCUUGUCAAUUCAAUCGAUUCUCAAACACACAACCCUAAAUUGGGCCUUGCCAAAAUUAGCAGAGGUGACUGCAUAAAUCCUCCAGUUGCUUUCAUUGCUGUAUAUUGGGUUUUGGGUAUCUCUUGUUCUAAAUGA